ACCUCUUUCAGGAAGUAGCUGCAGAAAACUACAGAGGAAAAAGCAAGGAGAGUUAGCUGUACCUGAAAGUGCAGUCCUCUGUCCAGACGAUAUUAAUCAAUAAACUAUAAUUAUGUCCUUUACCAUUUUAACGUCGGCGUACAGACUGAGGUCCCUUUGCAGAUUGCAGCGUAUCCAGGGACAUAUGAUGUCGAGUCAGGCUGAACCCGAGGUUCUCCUGGAGAAAGUGGGCAACGCAGGCGUGAUCACCUUAAACAGACCCAAAGUCCUGAACGCUUUAAACAUGACCAUGAUCCGACUCAUCUACCCUCAACUCAAGAAAUGGGAAAGUGGAGAUGCCCCCGACAUUGUGAUAAUCAAAGGAGCAGGUGGGAAGGCCUUCUGCGCUGGUGGAGAUAUCAGAGCGGUCACAGAAGCGGGAAAAGCUGGAGGUUCACUUGCAGGGGACUUUUUCCGUCAGGAAUACAUUCUCAACAACACUAUAGGAACAUUCAAGAAACCCUACAUCGCCCUUAUCGAUGGGAUAACAAUGGGAGGGGGUGUUGGUCUGUCAGUUCACGGACGGUUCAGAGUGGCCACCGAGAAGACGCUGUUUGCCAUGCCGGAGACCGCCAUCGGGCUUUUCCCUGACGUGGGAGGAGGCUAUUUUCUGCCGAGGCUCCAGGGGAAGUUGGGUCUGUUUUUGGCCUUGACGGGCUUCCGUCUGAAGGGGCGUGAUGUGCAGAGAGCUGGAGUGGCCACUCACUUUGUAGAGUCUAUGAAGAUCCCGGAGCUGGAGGAGGAGCUGGUGCACAUGAAGUCUCCCUCUAAUGAAGACAUCUCCAAAGUGCUGGACUCGUACCAGAACCAGAGCAGUCUGGAUGCUGAGAAGCCUUUUGUCUUGGACAAGCACAUGUCCGAUAUCAACAGGCUGUUCAGCUCCAGCAGUGUGGAGGGCAUCAUGCAGGACCUGAAGGCUGACGGAUCAGAGUUCGCUAAGAAACAAGCCGAGACUUUGUCCAAGAUGUCUCCAACUUCCCUGAAAAUGACCUACAAGCAGCUGCAGGCCGGAGCCACUCUGAGCCUGCAGGACGUGUUGGUGAUGGAGUAUCGGCUAAGCCAGGCCUGCAUGAGAGGCUGUGACUUCUAUGAAGGUGUCAGAGCCCUGCUGGUUGAUAAAGACCAGAAUCCAAAGUGGAACCCGUCGACUCUGGAGGAGGUGUCAGAGCAAACUGUGGAGCAGUGCUUCUCCUCUCUGGGAGACAAAGAGCUGACUCUCUGAUGUCAGUCUGUUUUCCAUCUCCAAACACACGCACCACUGAGCCUUCACCAAGCCUCCUGUCCAAAACAUACCUGCACAGUCAGCCAUUCAAGAGGACUGUGCUGCUGAAGAGGGGAGAACAACUGUUAUAUUAGUACAAACAGUGCACAGGUCAUUUACUUUACAGAUUGAUUCCAUGUGAUUUAAUACUGUGGUGACAUUUUACAGGAAAAUCCAAGCUGCUCCUCCACAGCUGAGGAGCUCUGAUUCAUGUUCCCAGACAAAAAUAGAAAGUAGUAGCAGCAGAGGUAGCUAGCAGAUGCCCUGUGUGUCACACAUGAGAAAUGUGUAGUGUAAACUUGCUCUGCAGCAGGAGCGGAGUCUCUUCUGCUGCAGAAUCGAGCAAUGUGCCGCACAGCAGCAUCAACAUGAGUGCAUUGGAGGAGAAAAUGAUCUCACCACUGAGUGCUUUAUUACAUUUCCUUCCUGUGGAUGUUCGUAUGACAUGGAUCAGUAUAAUCAGUGUUUCUGCAGAGUGCUCACUUGCUCUAAUUCAGAUAAAGUGUUGUCUUGUAUUUCUGUUGUUUUCUUCCUCAAAGUAACUGAAUGUUUUUAGAUUGACACUCCCAAGAAAAACACUGAUAGCAUCUGUACAAAUGUUUGCUCUGGAUGCAGUAACAGGAUUGUCUAAAUGCAUAAUAUAAAAUUAGUACUGCUGGAUGUUUAUGUUGGUUUUAAAAUGUAUUUCUUCUUAUUGCCACUGCUUUUGUUAGGAAUCAUAGAAUUUAUAAGGAGUGGAUGUAUCCUUAAGGUCAUGCUGGAUACCUCCGCUUGUUAUUUGCAGUCAUUAAUCAAUGUGACUGAACAGAAGUUCUGCUUUAUUUGGUGAGAUAACCAGUCAGGUGAGACACGAAGACUGGAGCAGAAAGCAAUAAAGAGAUUUGGUAAAGAAA